GGCUGCUCUUGGCUGGAGUUGCACAAAUAACUCGUAAUUCCAUCAAUCACUGCUGAGAAUGGCGGAUCCUCUCAGCAUAGCAUCUGGCAUUGUUGCGUUGGUAACCUUUGCCCUAACAUCCAGCGUGAAUCUUUAUACGACAAUCCGCAACUUUCAAAGCCAAGAUAAAAAGGCCCGCGCCCUUAAGACCGAACUCAGCGAUAUAACGACUGUCCUGGAGUCACUCUUGGAGACUGUGAACAACAAUCCUGACAUUAAUUUUGAGGCUCUGAAAGCCCCUUUACACCGUUGCGGGAACGCAUGCAAUGAGUAUGGAGAGCUUAUUUGUCGCUUUACGCGACGCUCCACAGCUUCGCGAUCGAGUGUCCGAGAUUGGGUCACCCAGAAGUAUCUCCAAGGAGAUAUCACCGAUUUUAAGGACAUGUUGGCAGGGUAUAAGUCUACCAUAAAUAUAGCUCUGGCGAACGCAAACAUUCGUGUAGCUGCUAUAACACCAAGAGUCCUUGAGGAUUACAAGGAUAUGAUUUCGGAUACAACCCAGGAUCUAAAAGAACACUUGCAAAGGCUGGAUGAAAAAAUCCAGCUUCUGUCGCAUUCUGACCAGAGCAAUACUGAGUGGCAAGCAAUGAUAGAGGAGAAAAUGAGCACACAGCAAGGUCUCGAAAUUUGCGCUCAACUAUCCAAACGCAUCGAGGAGCUGGAACCAGUGCCGGAAGAGAAUUAUCAAUUUUCCGAGCGUCCUUCGGCACAUAAAUAUGUCAAAAGUGGAUUAGACGCUGCCAAGGGUUCUAUCCACAAGCUUGUGACACAGUUGCGUAACCAUGAAGAGGACAUCGAUAAUCGAAUGCAGGUCAUGGCUUCUACGCAUCCUAUAUCCAAAGACGCAGUCGCGGAGCUUGAGCGACUACGCGCGACGAAAGCUAGCAUCCAUCAAUGCAUACAAGUCAUCUCGGAUGCAGGCGAUACCAGAGCCGUUGAGCGACACAAUGUCUUCGAGGAUAUUACUCUUGCCGAUGAUGCCUACAACUUUACUAUCUCGACAAUCGGAGACCUCGUAACCGCCAGGCGCAUUAAUCUUACAGGACGGUCACGCAAUAUUGGAGGACAAAUAAGUGACGAAAGCUACCAAAGAACCAUUGACCGCUUUUCGGAGCAAGCGAUACAGAACUCUCAAGAAGUAACCAAAAUCCACGAUCAAAGUGCAUCAAUGCCUAGCUUUGGAAAUCGUCAUGGCCCUGGUCUUAGGCUCUCAAGUUUAGUGGAAAACUCUAAAACUUCAAACACUAAUUUAUAGUCAGUAGAAUAUAUAUGUAAUAUAGAAAGGAUUAGUCUAAAUGCAACACAUCGCCUUGGACGCCUUUACUUUCCAAUCUCAAUUCCCCAUACAAACAUAUGCACCGUGCGCAUAUUGUUACAACCCGACUCUUAUAGUUGCAACAAUGGGCCGGCAAGGUGGGCAAUUUCGGAUCAAUAUAGGACCGAAGGGCCAAUUAGAAAUGUGUCGAAAGGAAUCAUCUUCAAUCCAUUAUAAUCCAACACCUAGGCAACUAUAGCUUUAAAGGAAGUUGUAAUGUCUUGGUUUAUACUAGGUAUAGG